CCCGUUUGGCGCCACAUGCCGUGUGGACGAGGAGACAAUGACCCCCAUGUGUGUGUGUGAGCGGAAGUGUAGCAAGAUCUUCGCGCCGGUGUGUGGCACAGACAUGGUCACCUACUCCAAUCUGUGCAUGCUGGAGAGGGCCUCGUGCAUCCACAACAAGCUCAUCAAGGUCAAGUCUCAUGGAGUCUGUGGAGUGAGAGAUCCGUGCGAGGGUCACGUCUGCAAGUUUGGCGCGGAAUGUCUGCCGUCCCAGGACGGAGAGAGAGCCAGGUGUCAGUGUCCCAACGACUGCCCGUCUUACGGAGAUCACGUGGGCAGCCAGCAGAUUUGUGGCAACGAUGGCAAGGAUUACGCCAACAUGUGCGAGAUGAGGAAAGCCGCCUGCUACCAGCUCAAGGACAUUCGCAUCAAGUACCACGGAAAAUGUG